AUGGCAGAGGAGAAAGUCUCGUUUGCAAGCGAGUACGACGAGUCCACCAACAAAGUCAAUGUGGUUACGAGCUCCAGGUACCUCCUGUGGAUGUACAAGCUCGAUAACCUCGGAGUCGAGAUCAGAGGUAUAGAGAGGGUGACUCCGGAAGAAAAGGUCUCCAUUGGGAAAUGGAGGCUGUUUAUCCAGGUUAUAGGGCUUUGGCUCGCAGCCUGUGGCGGUGUCACCACAAUGUCGUCGUUUUUCCUACCGACUUUGGUGUACAACUUGAACUUGAAGAAUGCCCUAGUAGCAUCGCUUUUGGGUAUCAAUUUGGGCAACCUCGUUCCAGCAUAUUCGUCCACAAUGGGGCCCCAGUCGGGAUGUCGUCAGAUGGUCACGGCCCGGUUCCUUUUUGGCCAGUGGUUUGUGAAAAUCGUCGCCAUCAUCGUGAUUAUCGGAAUGAUCGGUUGGUCUGUGAUCAACUGCGUAGCUGGAGGACAGCUUCUUCUGGCGAUCAGCGAUGCCAAUUUGGAGGUCGGGAUCGCCGUGGUCAUGGUGGUGAGCUGGAUCAUCGGCGUUUUUGGAAUCCGGGUUUUGCUCAAGUUCCAGUCGAUUUUGGCCAUUCCCACCAAUGUGGCUAUUCUUCUUUUCUACAUUGUGGUGGCCAAAAAAAUCGGCCACAUUUCAGAUACUAACCAGGCCAUUGACGAUUUGAACAUCAGCCUGCAAACAAGCACGGGCCAGUGGCUUUCUGUUUUUGCAUUGGCGUAUUCGGUCACCUCAACCUGGGGUGGAGGAGCCUCGGACUACUAUAUCCUUUUUCCCGACGAUACACCCUCCUGGCAGGUGUUCAUUUUGACGUUUUUGGGAAUCGCCGUGCCGUCCAAUUUUGCAGCCAUUUGCUCGGUUAUCGCCGGAGCUAUCGCAUAUUCGUACCAGCCAUGGUCAGAGAACUACGACAAUUACGGAAUCGGAGGCAUUUUCGCCCUGGCGUUCGAACCCUGGCACGGAUUCGGCAAGUUUGUCAUUGUUGUUUUGUACAUCUCGCUUAUCUGCAACAACAUCAUGAACACCUACUCGUGUGCUCUAGAGUUCCAGCUUAUAGACACCCGUUUGACGUAUGUGCCUCGCUGGAUAUGGACCACGGUGGUGGCGGUGAUCUACCUUGUUCUUGCGUUGGCGGGAAAAGAGCAUCUCAACAAUAUUUUGGGAAAUUUCUUGCCCAUGUUGGGCUACUGGAUCACCAUUUAUAUCACCUUGCUUUUGGAGGAGAACUUGAUAUUUAGGGGCACCAAGGCAACAAGGAGAUUGCACCAUAACGAGUUUGACGGCACCGACGAGGAGAGCAUCUCCACCUUGUACAACUGGGCCAACUGGAACAAACCUCUGUAUCGAAGUAUGGGACUUGCAGCCACGCUUUCGUUUUUGUGUGGAGUCGCUGGGGCAGUUUUGGGCAUGAACCAGGUGUACUAUGUGGGAGUUCUUGCGAAAAAGGUGGGUGACGACGGAGCCGAUCUUGGAAUCUACUUGUGCACCUCGAGACGUACUGUCAUUAGACCUAGAGGGAAAACGAUAAAGGCUAUUGCAAAACACGACAAUGUGACUAUCAAGAUUAUACGGCAGUUAAGGCUGCGCUGGCUGCUCAGAAACGAUGUGAAGAAUUGUGCAAUUUCGUACGACAAGUUUGCUUAUUUCGGAUUGCCAACCAAUUAUAGAGCUUACUACAACGACGUGGACGUCGUAAUCAGAGGUAAAAGGAGCGAUUGUGACACAGCAAAGGAGGAGGUGCUUCAGAAAGCCGAGGAGGGGACUACUGAAGUUUCUGUUGCAGAGUUCGAAGUGGAAGAUACGAGAAGAAUGUUCAUUAUCAAGGAAACAGAACCACUUCAGGAAAAGUACCCUGAACUUAUAUUCUAUUUUCCCCACUAUACGGAUGAAAACACCAUUUACCUAAAGGGCCCCAAACUGAAAGUGGAAGAGGCUUUGGAAGAGAUCAAGCAAGUCAAUGCUAGAAUCAUGGAGGACACAGUCGUUCUAGAAGUGAACAUUCCUGAAAAAACCCUGGGUUUGGUAAGUCGAGAUAUACCCUCGGAUUUAAAAGACGAUGCUCUUGUCAAGUUCGACGAGCACGGUUUCACUAUUUGUGGGGUUCCGGAAAAAGUGAAGGCAGUCGAAGCAAAAAUCUUGAAAGCUGCCCCAAAGUAUACAACAGAAGUCGUCGAACUUCCCAAUUUCAUCCCUGGGGAUUCAUCCCAUAAUACACUGAUAAUUUCCAUGCUUUGGCUAGAAGUGUUGGGGUCCAAAUUCUGGGGUAAAGGAGAAGUGGAUUUCGAUGACCUGCGCUUUGAAAUCAGAGGGGAGAUAGAAGAUGUGAAAGCUUUUCAAAAAUUUGUGUUGGAGACUUUUAAGAAGAUCACUCCUACGACUGUGACAGUGAUUCCCGGGAGUUUCAGUCGUAUCGAGCAUUACGACCUUUCAAACAAGCUUGGGGACAUUGCCCUGGAGAAUAACAUUCUAUACUAUAUUGGAGAAGAGAGCGCCUACCUUAUAGAUGGGUCUAAUGCAACAGAUGAGCAAAUAGAUGGCUUAGACUCUCGCUUGAGAGAAGUCAUGAAUUGUUUCCAAGAAUGCAGCGAGAUUCUAGAGUCGAUGGAAAGAAGCGUUUUGCAUCUUGGUCGAAUGCAGAUAUUUUUGUUUAGCAUGCAAGGAGGAACCCAAGAGACCAUUUUGGAUGAGUAUUUGAAGGGACGUCGUGGUCACCUUACCUUCAACUGCCCUACUUCAGACGAAAUCACCAUUGAAGGACCUCCUGAUGCCGUUCAAGGAGCUACAGAUGCCAUAAACAAGAUGGUGAACGAUAUUGAAGAAAAUGGUGGGUAUCGAGCUCACGAACGCAAAGUUCUGGUACCUUCAAAGAUCCUCACAGGUCUUAUUGGUCGAAACCGUCAGUUUUGGCGGAGAAUAAAGAAACAGAAUUGCGUCCAUUUGAUGAUACUAGACAAGGGGAAAGGAACGAGAAGUCAGCACUUGGUGGAGGAGGAUUCCAAAACUUCCAUUGUUAUCAAAGGAAUCAAACUCGAUGUGGAUAAUGCUGCAGCUUGUAUUCUCAGUAGGGUUGAGGAGCUUCAAGGAAAGAGAUCGCUUGAAUGA